AUGGCGUCUUCAAAUCCGCGGCAGAGGAGAUUUCUAUCCCGACCGCUAUUUUCGGAUGGCGACUCGACACCCCCCGAGCUCGCCGGUGGUGGGAGGCGCAAGAAGCGAAAGCGUGACGCAAACGUCUACGACGCUGUGGCUGGUCGCGUUACUACGACUCAUGCUCUGGAAGAUGGGUCUGACUCAGAGACAUUUCGUCGGCGACGCAAACGCACGACUCUUCGGGACUCGACUUUGGCGCCAGAAGAAGUAUUGUUCCAACGUGCAGGUGCCCCUAUCAGAUACGCCGAGAAGGACAUCUACAAUUCGCACGAGUGGCUGCCUCAUGGAGGGCGGGGUAUUUUGCCAGACAAUGAUAUGCUGAAGGCCAUCCAUAGCUACUCAAGUCAUUUCUACUCAGCGCUUACCAGAACGAAAUAUCAAGGUGAUGAGGAGCCUGAGGAAAGGAACAUUGAUGAGCGCAGUAUGGAUGAGACGGCUCUGCUUGCUUUCGGGGUUUUGCUUGAGGAAGCAGGACGUAACGCUUUAGGGCGGCGGGGUGACUUGGUUUUCACAGAAGGCAUGGAGGCGGGGACGGAAGGGCAAUCAAGCUUUGAAGAAUCCCAACCGGUCCGUUUUCUUGACGUUGAUCUGAAAGGGCGCAUCCCGAAACGAGUAGUCGGAAAGGCAGCAGAAGAGGCGCGCAAUAGGGCUUUAUUUUCUGAUACUUGA